UCGAAAGUGAAGCUGGUUCAUCGUCGUUGUUUUUCCUUAGAGGUGACAACUCGAAGGGACGCUUUUCGGCUACAAGAAUACACGAAUAAAUCAGUCAUUAAGUGGGUGUUCUAUGGCGUUUAUUUGGACUGUGAAAACUACUGUAAACAAUGGAGCUGAACAUUUCAACAAGACACUACCGAGGCUCAAAAGCAUACUUCCCACUCCAGGACCAGAACACCAUGGCCUGUAUAAUCAAGGGGCAACGUGUUAUUUGAACAGUGUGCUGCAGGUCCUCUUCAUGACUAAGGACUUCAGAGAGGCCGUGGAAAGUGAUAGGCCUCCUCAAGAAGAAGACACUGUUGAUCUACAGCUGAGAAAGUUGUUUACAACUUUACGUGAAAUUGAAACUAACACAAAGGGCAUCUCAUCAAUACUAGGCAUUGAUGAUGUAUACAAGCAAUGUGAUGCGGCUGAGUAUUUUGAGAAGAUUUUAGGCAUGGUCAAUCCUGAAGUGUCAAAGAAAGAUGGCUUUAAGGAGUUCUUCAAGUCUUCAACUGUCAAUGGGGAAAACCAAAUGUACUGUGAUGAAUGUGAAAAGAAAUCAGAUGCAACCAUUGAAUGCAAGAUGGAAUAUCACCCAGAAAUUCUUACUCUGCUCCUCAAGCGGUUUGAAUUUGACUACUACAGCAUGUCAUAUGUCAAAAUCAACUGCUGCGUGGAUGUGCCUCACACACUACAGACAGAGAAAUGUGAAUAUGAACUCUAUGCGAUUGUGGACCAUUUCGGAAGUCUUAGAGGUGGACAUUACACUGCUAAGAUCAAAUCCUUUGAAGAUCACAACUGGUAUGAGUUCAAUGACUCACAUGUCACAAAGCUCCAACCAGCUCCACUGAUUGAAAGUUCUUGGAGUGCUUAUCUACUGGUGUACAGGAAAUCACAUGCAUCAGAUCGUGAGAACCAUGGAACCAACCGAGUUCACGGUUCACUCCGAGAGGAUGGGGUUACAGAGGUUGGAGAGCAUGUUCAAAUAAAGACAAGUGGAGAUGAUGAUCACGGUGUUGAUGGAAAUAAAGGACAUGGACAACAUGUUGCAGUCAGAAGAAAGGAAAAUGUAGGAAAGGCAGAUACAGGAAGAGAUGAUGAUGAUUUGAUAGAGAGAAGAAAGGAGGAUGCUGCACACAGGAGAGAGGAUGUGGAUGAAACAAGACGAUAUGAUGUGGUUUUGAUAACAGAGAAACAGCAGACUCCAGAGAUAUGUCGGAAAUUAGGCAGAAUCCGUGUGUUUCAUCAUGACUAUAUUUUGCCCAUCAGGUAUUCAUCAUUGAAAGAAGAGGAUAAUGUUGUGGAGAGAAUAGAACAGGAUGAUGUAGUGAGAAGGGUAGAUAAGGACAGAGAGGGUGUCGUGGUAAAGGGAGAAACGCAUCUCGGUGAGACAAAGACAAGUCUGACCAAGUACGGAGAGUCUUCCAGCUUUACAAACAGGUGUGAGACCAUCUCAUCACAUUCUUCUCACAUCCACCAAGAGUUAAAUGAACUCUUGAUGGAAAAGGACGAAAAGGAUGCCAAUUACAGCCAGGUACUUGCUAAAGUUCAGGACAACAAGCUGAGAGAGGUUCGUGAGAGGCAGAAGAAGAACAAGGCUCACUGUGGUUUCAGGCGCUUCUGGGGUGUCCGUGGCAAGCACACCAAGACCAUCGGUCGCGGUGGUCGCACCGUUGGUAUGUCUAAGAAGAAGUAAACUAUGUCCCGACUCCCCGUGUGUCUAUAAAUGCCACAGUUCACACACACACACACACACACACACAUAAAAAAUAACGAUGCAAGAAGAAUGAAAAGAGAAGUGUAGAAGAGAUGGAGCUUUUGGGUAAAGACAAGAAAAGAAGAAAGAGGAACUUCAGGGAAGGAGAGGAGGGAAUGGAAAAGAAGUGAGAUGGAUACAUAUGAAGUUUCUGUUUUGUCCAAUUUGAAAACUGAAAGAAGAAUGUAUGGAAUAUGGAAUAUAUUCUGAUUUUGGGAACAAUUCUGUCUUUAACCCUGUCUUAUCUUUUUAUAUACUGUAUGUUUAACAACUAACUUUAACUGAAGUCCUGUUAUUAGCCUCUUUUAUGUUCAACAUCGUUCAUCACUUUACUCAGAUUACUUUCUUG